ACCAACUUAGCCUACAAAUGCAACCAAAAUCAAAGCACAAAGCACAAGCAUAUCAUAGCAUCACCACUAACUGGUAAAACAAAAAGCAGCCAAAUAUUAUUAGUGAUCCGUCUUCGUGUCAAGCAAUAUUAUGGGUUUGCUUGGCAGCUUCUGUAUCCGUGCCUUCUUCGCCCUAGCUCUUGCAACCACGGCGCUGCCUCUGUCUGCAUCACUCUCUCCUUAUUACUACGACAAAACAUGCCCCAACGCCUUGAAAACCAUCAAAAGUGCUGUCGAGGAAGCCGUGAGGGAAGAGAGGCGCAUGGGCGCUUCUUUGCUUCGACUUCACUUCCACGACUGUUUCGUCCUGGGAUGUGAUGCCUCAGUUCUUCUGGACCCAGCACCCACCAUUGACAGUGAAAAGAAUGCAAUUCCUAACAAGGGAUCUCUCAGAGGAUUCGAAGUCGUCGACAAAAUCAAAGCCAAGGUCGACCAGGCCUGCGGGAAACCGGUGGUGUCAUGCGCCGACAUUUUGGCCGUUGCUGCUCGCGACUCAGUGGUUGCGCUUGGGGGGCCAACAUGGCAGGUGCAACUAGGGAGGAGAGACUCAACCACGGCCAGCAGGACAAAGGCCAACACUGACAUCCCUUCGCCAUUCCUGGAUCUGCCUGCCCUCAUUAACAACUUCGGAAAGCAAGGCCUAGACGUCAAUGACCUCGUCGCCCUGUCCGGCGGCCACACCGUCGGUUUUGCAAAGUGUAGAACCUUCCGAGAACGGAUUUAUAACGACACCAACAUCGACCCCACCUUUAGGCGCCAACGCCAAGCCACCUGCCCCAGAAAGGGCGGAGAUGAAAACCUCGCACCGUUGGACCCUACCCCCGUGAUCUUUGACACCAAAUACUUCUCCAACUUGGUGCAGAAGAAGGGUCUUCUACAUACUGAUCAGGAACUAUACAAAUAUGGUGGCCAAACAGACGGGCUAGUGAGGAAGUACAGCACCAAUGCCGGCGCAUUCUCAACGGACUUUGCUGACUCCAUGAUUAAGAUGGGAAACAUAAAUCCAUUAACUGGGUCACAAGGUCAGAUUCGAGUAAACUGCAGGAAGGUUAACUAAUAUGUGUUCACUCGAAGUCAUGGGUCCUGCAGGGUUCUUUGUUUGUUUGUUUAAUUAUGAUUUUUUGUCAAAGAAACAAUUGUUGUGUUACGGAGCAUUAACUUCUAAGAGUUGGCAUCUGAUCUCUUCCAUGAAGAAGCAGAUGUGGAAGUGUGGAUGUUUACCUUAAUUUGUAAAGCUUUGUUCAAGUGAUUUUUGUGAUGAAAUUAAUAAAACUCAACUGUGUUUAAUUA